AUUGCCGAACGAUUCUAUGACGAACAAACUACGGUUAACUGGAUGAGUGGUGAUUGAGUGCUUCUCUCAGCUUCUUUCCUUCCGCAAUUGUGGAUUUGUCUCAGUUUUUGACGAUAAUUGAUAUUAAAGCAUUAUACGUUACUUGAUACGAUAAAUUUGCGAAUCGAAAACGAUACAUAGUUCAUAACAAUAGUACACGUUAAAGAGCUGCCUGAUAUUUUCGUCAUGCUGUCAGAAUUGACGAAGGAGACAGAAUUGACGGGAGAUUCUUGUUGAUAUGGAGGUUGCCGAGAAUUUACUGGUCUGUGUUUUGUCUUUUCUUGGAAGGUUUCUCGGAAGUUUUCACAUCAAAAGGUCAUCAGAAAGCGUGAAUUGCAUCACGAGAAUUCACGGUGCUAUUGGUACCGUAAAAUUAUAAGGAACGGAGUUGUCUUUCAGUCGUUCAACUGCACCUUGUGUACUUUAGUGACCCUUGAAUGCCAACACAACGCAUUUAAUUAUUUUAUCUUGCUUUGUCAAGAAAUAUUAAUUGCAAAAUGGCAUCAACUUCCAGUGCUUCGGCACAGGUGUUGAUGAAUAAAGGAAAACGUGGUGCUGCUGCAUAUAUUCAUGCGGAAUGUAGCAAUCCGACCAUUGAUGCAGCAGGUCCACCACAUUUAAAUGAACUCUUGGAUAUUCUUUUGAAUCCCAGUAAACCUAUUGAUGACUGGGAAACUAUCGAUUGGUGUAAAUGGCUAAUGGCAGGUGGCCGUACACCAGAUGAAUAUGCAAAUACAGUACGAACUUAUGAUAAUGCUACUACAUGUGGAUUAGUGUGGACUCCUAAUUUUGUUGCAUAUCGUUGUCGUACUUGUGGAAUAUCACCUUGUAUGUCUCUUUGUACUGAGUGCUUCAAGAAAGGGAAUCAUCAUCGUCAUGAUUUUAACAUGUUUCUUAGUCAAGCUGGUGGUGCUUGCGAUUGUGGUGAUGCAUCUGUUAUGAAAGAGACUGGUUUCUGUGAUAAGCAUGGACCGAAAGCUGCUGUUAAUAAAUCUGCUGCACCUUCAGAUUUAAUGUGCGUUGCAGAAGCAAUGAUGCCCAAAAUUAUUUUGCGCCUUAUUCAACAUUUAAGAGAAAAUUGUAAAGUCGGAUUACCUAGUAUACGAGAAUAUACAGAUUAUAGAGUUGCUAUACAAGAUGCAGAUGUUUAUUUAACUAUGCUUCUUGAUUUGAACAAUAUGGGUGCAUUAAUGAGGCAUGUUAUGACAACAGCACUCACUAAUCCACAAAAGUAUAGAGGUCUUAUGGAUCCUUCUAUCUCUACUGGUCAAUCAGAGUAUGAUAACUAUUGUCAAGAUAGCAACAAAAUAUACCAAGAUGCUGUGAAAUCUUUGCCAAAUCCAGAACCACCUGAUGAAUACAAAGAAUGUGCAUCUUUACAAGAACAUUUAGAACAUACAACCUUUUUGGAAGAAUUAAUGUUUUGGACUGUUGCCUAUGAAUUUCCACAAAAAUUAGUAUGCUUAUUAUUAAAUAUGUUACCUGAACCUGAUUAUAAAGAAGCUUUAACUCGUGCUUUUGUUCUGCACUAUAGCAGAAUUUCUAUGAUGUUAGAACGUUCUGCAGACCCAGAUACUCUUAGCAAUAGGGUUGUGCAUGUUAGCGUACAGUUAUUUAGUAAUGAAGGUCUUGCAUUGAGGAUGGUUGACCAAUUGAAAUUAUUACAUGUAAUGGUUAUUUCUUUGAAAUAUAUGAUGAGUAAAAUAUUAAUCCAAAAUACAUUACAUGAUCCAGAUAAAAAUUUUCAUUAUGUUGUUGAUUGUGCACGCCAAGUAAUGAAAGAACAUUGCUACUGGCCACUUGUGUCAGAUUUAAAUAAUGUUCUUUCUCACAAACCUGUUGCUGUAAGAUUUAUGAGUGAUGACACACUUUUGGAAAUGUGGUUUGAUUUUCUUUCUAUGUUUCAAGGAAUGAACGUUAAUCAGAGAGAAUUAAGUCAACAUGUUGAAUUUGAACCCAACACAUAUUAUGCAGCAUUCAGUGCUGAAUUAGAAGCUAGUGCUUAUCCAAUGUGGGCAUUAGUUUCACAUCUGCGUGGACCUGAAAGUGCAACUCUUAGUAGAAGAGUUCUUACAUUUUGUCUCAUAGCUUUGCAAGAUUGGUUAGAUGGAGUGAAUUAUACUCAUCCUAACGUGAGUGAUAGUCUACAAGUAUCAUUUCAUCUUCCCCUUCAUAGAUACUUCGCAGUAUUUAUGUGUCAAGCAGUUAGGCAGCAAGGUGUAACACUUCAAGAUUUGUUACCACCCACUGACAUGCUUCAUCUUCUUAUGAUGCAUCCACUGCGAGUUCAGGUAGCAUUUUCUGAAAUUUUAAAUGGAUUAUGGGUACGUAAUGGACUGCAAAUAAAAGGACAAGCUAUGACAUAUAUUCAGUGUAAUUUCUGCAAUUCAAUGGUUGAUGCAGAUUUGUAUUUAUUACAAAUUUGUGCAACAAAACUACAGCCAGAUGUUUUUCUAAAAACUGUUAUUGAAAAAUUUCAUGUACGAGAAUGGAUGAGUCUGAGUUUAUAUCAUGCACCUCAAAAUGAAUAUUUAGAAGGUGAACAUGACACUCUUAUGUUAGAAAGCUGUUUAACAUUUUUGGCAACUCUAGUUAAUGUACGAACGAAUUUAGGUUUGUCUGACCCUGAAAUGUCCUGUCUUGAAAUGGUUACUUUAUUAUGUAUGGGAGAUAAAACUCAUAGUCAGUUAAUGGAAUUAAUGCCAGAACGGUGUGGCACUACACAGAAUAGAGAUUUUGAAUCCGUUUUAGCUGAAGUAGCACAAUAUCGAGCUCCAAAUCUUGAAGCUAGUGGAUAUAUGCAGCAAGGCAUGUAUGGUCCUAAACCACGAGUUUGGGAUGAAUUAUUCGAUCCAUUACAUGUUUUACUAAGGGCUGUUCAUCGAAGAGAUUUUCAAAUAUCUAUGGAUCGUUUUACUGAAUAUGUAAAGCAAUCAGGUAAAUUAAAAAAUAAUGCAACGCCGUGGCCACCUUUUCGAUAUCCUGCACCAGUUUCACCAGACUAUGAAGAUCCACGUCUUGUCCUACGUACUAGAGUAUUCCAUGCUAUGAUAUUUAUAAUAUUAUAUAAGGCUGUGAAUGGACAUAAUAUAUCAGAGCAUGUUAUGGCAUUAACCAUUUAUCUUCUAGAAAUGGCAGUUGUUACUGCAGAAUUACCUAAUAAGUCUAUCAACCCUUUAUGUCAGUAUAUGGGUGCUAGUUCAAUUCGUACGAUUAAAGAUAUGGACUUAGCAAGCUGGUAUGAAAAUGAUAAUUUAUCGGAAAACUUGAGGACUGUGAUACCUCAAGUAAUUCUAGUCCAAGAGCCAGAACCAAAUAGUUCAGAUAGUGAAUUUGAAUGGGAAAUUCAAGGUGAAGCAACUGAAGUUACUACUACUUUAAUGUUAAAUGAUGGAUCUGAAGAAGGUUCAUUGGAAGUAUUGGCUCUACCAUCAGUAGAACCAAUUAAUGAUAAUAAUGAUAUAUUAACCACUGUAAAUGUUGGUUCUCUUCCAGCUUUGCCACCAGCAAGUGUCGAUUUUGACAUGGCAAUUAUACCUGAAGAUGGAAUUGUUGCUAUACAACAUGGUAACAUUGAAGGUGAUUUAAUGCCUCUACAAAGAGCUUUACUACCAUCCACUGAAGAAUCCAUGGCCCUUGCCCUUGAAUCACCUCCUUCACCAAAUAAUACGGUUGGUGGACAGCCUGCAUUACCGCCUGUACCUCAACGUCCUGCUGUUAUGGCUGGUAACGAAAUAAUUAGUACACAAACAAUGUAUUCACGACUUAAUACUACUGGAGCAACAACGACGGAUAUUGUUCCAUCAACAUCAAACAUGCAUAAGCAUUGCAAGCGAAGAGAACCUCAAGUUGGGCCACAAACUGUGAAAGUAGGAGAAAGCAUAAUUUCAUUGCUUUUGAAAUUACAUUCUCAAUUAUCAGGAGUACCAGAUAGUUAUAAUCCUGACCAAAGUGUAAUGGUAGAUAGUGAAGCAAGUAGUAGCACUGCUGCACCAGCAAAAGAAUCUAGGAUUGGUGAUGGCCCAUUCUUUAUUUCACAACUUCUUAAAAAAAUAGCAAUUUUAGAUCCUAUGUGUAGAGAUACUAUUAUAGAAAGCAGAAAUAAAUUAUGGCCACGUAUGCAAGAUUGUGAGGAUGAACAACGUGAAAGAGAACAUCGAGAAAGAGAAGAAAGGCGUAAAAGAGCAAAAGAAAGGCAACAAAAACUUAUGGCAGAAUUUGCCAAUAAACAAAAACAAUUUAUGGAAAAAGCAAUGAAAACGGAUGAAGCAGGUGUAUCAGGAAUGGAUUGGGAUCAAGAGGAUGAUACAACAAAAUUGACUAGACAAAAGGAAUAUGAUUGUGUAAUAUGUAAUCAAACUACACCAAGUAGUGAAGACAAACCCAUGGGUCUAGUUGUACUAGUACAGGCAACUAGUGUUAUUGGUCACGGAAGAAAACGAUUAGACAGACUUAUUUUGCCUACAUCUGAUGAAGAUCCACCUAUACCAAAAGGUGACACACAUGGUGCUCAUUUUGAUCAUAGAAUAGAUGAAUUAAAUCGACAUUUCGAUACGGUAAAUUAUUUGAAUUGUGUAUAUAAAUUUAAAAAUAAAAAACAUUGUAAUAUAAAUUUAAUUUAUAUAUUACAGUUUUCAUGGUUACUAUCUGUUAAUUUGGGUUGGGAAGGAGGUGUUCAUGUACAGACAUGUGGUCAUCAUUUACAUUUAGAUUGUUUAAAAUCUUAUUUGCAAUCAUUACAAAGUCAACAAAGGCAACCAAGUCUAGCAGUUGAUACAGGCGAAUAUUUCUGCCCGCUUUGUCGACAAUUAGCUAACUCUGUUUUGCCAUUAUCACCGCAAUUAGGAGAAUGUGCAGCAGUAGUACGAUCUUAUCAAGCCUCUCCAGCAAUAAUACUUUCAGAAUUAAAUAAUCUUUUAAAAGAGAUACAACGAAAUCCAGUCUCAUCAAAUUUAGCUGUAGCAAUGGGAAAAGCCAUGGAAGAUAUGACAAGUUGCACAUAUUUAAAAUAUAAGCAAAAGAACUGUUCUCCUAGUCACCAAAGUUUGUUCCUUUUUGUAACUUCUAUAGCCAGAACUAAUUUUGAGGUUGAACUCGUACAACGUGGUGGAUCGUUAUAUGUUCCUUCGCCUAAUUCUAUACCUUUAACACCAAAACGUGACUGUAUUGUUGCUCUACUUCAUGUUCUUGCAAUGCACGCAAAAGUACUAACAACAUGGCCAGUACAUCAUACUUGGCAGCAACUAUCAGGUAUACCUGCAGAACCCUGUGCACCACUUGCAUUAACGCCACAUGAAAGAGAAGUUCCAUUGUUACUCAGAGAUCCAACUGCUCUUCUUAUACAAUUUAUAUUACUACUUCCACUACACUUGGAUCAAGCUUACUUCUCGAGCGUUGUGAAAGUUAUAUACAACUUGCUAUACUAUCAAGUCAUAGUGCAGAUAAGCUGUGAUCUUUUACAAGCAGAAAGAAAUACAAUUUUAAGAAGAGGCCAGUGUGGUGAAUGUACCGCCACUUCUUUAGAGAUUAUAUUGUGCAGAGUAAUUGAGUAUUUUAGUGACAGUGAUCUUUAUCGUACAGACGAAGCUAUUCAUAAACCAUCAACUUCAUCUUCUGUAUCUUAUGCCAGAGUUAAAACACAUUGGAUUGAACGACAGAUACAGUCUUUAUGCUUACCAUUUUUAAGAGUGGCUGCAUUACUCCGUUAUCAUCUAUAUGAACAACCAUUGCCUUUUGUUAGGUCACGCCAAUUUGAAUUUGUCAAAUUAGUGUAUUAUUUAGAAUUAGUGGCAGAAGGUAUGGAUUGGGAUAAUUUCAAUUCAACAGUGGCACUAAAUUGGCAAGAUGUAGAUGCAAGUAUUUCGGUUCCUCGUUUAUGGUGCGAUCAAUUACUUGCUUUUGUUAAUAGAAGUGAUGCAGCUAGAAAUUUAAUAAAGGAACAGCAUGUAUCUUGGCAAAUACCAAAACUACUCAAUCUUCCAAGAGAAUAUGAAAAAAUCUUUACGUAUUAUCAUGAACGGCAAUGCCGUCAAUGUCAUUCAGUUCCUCAGGAAAUUAGUAUUUGUUUAUUAUGUGGUGCUAUUGUUUGCCUAAAGCAGAAUUGUUGUAAACAGAUGAAUGUGUGUGAAGCUGUUCAGCAUUCAAUUGAUUGUGGCGGCGGAACUGGCAUAUAUUUAGUGGUAACAUCAACUUAUAUUAUUGUAAUUAGAGGUCGAAGAGCUUGUCCAUGGGGAUCUUUAUAUCUUGAUGCAUUUGCAGAAGAAGACAGAGAUUUAAAACGAGGUAAGCCUUUGUAUCUUAGCCAAGAUAGGUAUCGAUUAUUGGAACAGCAAUGGCUAGCUCAUAGAUUUGAUCACACGAAAAAAACAUGGGUCUGGCAUCGUGAUUCUCUGUGACCUUCCAUAGUACUGAAUGCUCAUAAAUUUGAAAUGAAGUCAAGACUCAUUUAACUUGUUUAUUAUUAUGCAAUCUCUCGUUAACGAUAACAGCGCUUAAUGAAUAAACAGGUUGUUCAAAUACUUUACGAAUAUUAUAUUUAUUAUGAUGCAAUUGAUAAGUAGGCAUGACAAUGAAUGAAAGUAUUAUCCUACAAUGGACACUGAACUAAAUUGUCUAUAGUCACAAUUCUUGAAUAAUUAUAUCGAAGGCGUAUGUUUGAAAUCGACCAUUGUAUAUUUUAUUUAAAUAUAUAUAAAUAUUAUGUCCUAAUAAGAGGAGAGUACUUAUCUAGCAUCUAGUGUUUGUACUUUAUAGAAGAUGGAUAAAAUUUUAAGUGACAAUAGCAAUUUAGAAAAGAAGAUAAAUAUUAAAAUUUGUCCGAAUAAUUAUUUGUGCAAACAAAUUAUGGAACGUUUAAUUAAUAAGACUUAUAUUUGCAUCUUCUUGGUUAUAAUAUUCAUAGGCAAAUCUAUUACAUUUGACUUCUCUAAAUGCAAUGCAUGUUUUCCGAAUCAUAUUAUUGGACUAAUAUAUAAAUAAAUUUGAUAUAAGCUAGAUUAAUAUUACGAAUACAUUUUAUAUUUGGUUAUAAUAUCAUAAAAAAUAUAAAUCAUUGAGUUUUUCCAAAUUAAUGAUAAAGAACAUAAGAAACAAAACAUUCUAAAAUGUAUUGUGUUAUAAACGCGAUGAAAUUAAAAAUUAAUGUCUUUUCUUUAGGUAUUUUUUAUAGUUUAUAUACAUUAUAAUUGAUACUAUCAAAAUUAAUUAUUUUAUAUUGGAUAUAUACAAAUGAAAAAAUUAAUUUGGUAAUUUAAAUAUAAUUCUAUGGUUGAAGGUAUAGUAUAACUAUAGUAAGAGAAUUGAUUUAUUUAAAAAGUUUCUCUUAUUAAUUUUGUAUUUUGAAGAUUUACUGAGAAAUGUUGUUGUUUAUUCACUUAUUAAUUUAAUAUUGUGUCUUAUAUCGGAUUGUUAAGAAUUGUUUAAUUUUUAUUAUGUAAUAAAAAAAUAUAAUCAUAAUUUAUAAUAUAAUAGGUUUUUUGUUUAAGAUGCAGAUAAGAAAGAAUGUAACAAUAAAUAAUGAUUAUUAUAAAUAUUUGUUUGCGCAAUAAUAAUUUGCUUCAUAUUGAUGAUUCAAUGAAAAUUAAUGUAAAAUUUAAAUUAUAAUUAGAAAUAUAUUAAUAUAUGUCAGAAAAGAAACGUUAUAAGAACGAUACCUUACAUUAAACUUAGUGAUCAAUAUGUGUAUACGGUAUUUUUACGAUAAUAAGAAUCCUAACACUGAGAUAAAUAACAUAUACAAAUGAUUUGCUGAUUAAAGUGCUGCAUAGUGCUGUUACUAUAAGAAUUGCUUCUUUUACAAUAGAUAUUCAUAAUCUGUAAAUAUGUAAUAAUUAUAGGAUAUUGCAUAUUGCAUUAUUAGUCAAUGCUCAAAAUCAGAUGAUCUGUACAUAAUUAAUAAUUAUUUUUAGGAAUCUUUCUGCUUAUAAUAUAAGAACAUACAAUAAAGCAUUAUACAAAAAACUGAAAAUUUAUUAGUAAUGGCAAUUAUGAAUCAUGUUUAAUGUAUAAAUACAAAUGAUUCUAUUAAAAAUACUAACAUUUAUUAUUUUAUCCUUUCAAUGUUUCUUUACAACAGUUCUAAUAACAUAGCGAAAAAAUAUUUUAUCGAUUGAACUUAUAAUUACAAAAAAUGAACAAGUGUUAAAGAGAGGAUUUUAAAUAAAUAUACGAAAACCUAGUAACUUGCCAAAAAAUAGUACUUAUUUUUAUUAUAUAAUUUAUCAAGAUUCAAACGAAAAAUGUGCAUGAUGUAUUACAAAUACAGAAUUAAGAAAACAUAAUGUAAGGUUUAUUUUUAUGAAGAGAUAUCAGCACUUCCAUGCUAUUAUUUUGUAUUCCUUUUUGAAUGAGUGUGAAAAGAAAAUAAAGAUAAAAAUUAUUCAUUCUUUA